AGCUCCAUUCCCUCUCGCCCUCCUCCCUUCAUCUCAGACAUUUCUCACACACAAUCCCUGGGCAACUGCAGUGAUGGACCUGAAGACGUUUUGCCUGAGUGACAACUUCCAGUUUCUAAACCAGCACAAUCUUUUGGAUCCGUCCACCUCUGAUGACCCUCCGUCCCCGACCGAUGCGCCGCUCAAAGCCGCCCCGCGGAGCCCCUCGUUCGGCCUGGACAGCAGCGCGACACCGUUCAGCCCCGGCAGCGCGUCGGACAGCAGCGGCUACAGCGUUUUCUCCGGGAACCCGUCUCUGAACCCGGACUCCCCGGUCAGCUCCAGCUCCAUCUCCAGCAGCAGCGCUGCGGCUCUCUUCCAGCCCGUCGGUCACACAGAGUCCCUGCUGAGCUGCGACUACAUCCCGUCCCUGAACCCGGGGCCCAAGCGCCUGUGCCUGGUGUGCGGAGACUUCGCGUCCGGCUAUCACUACGGCGUCGCGUCGUGUGAGGCGUGCAAGGCUUUCUUCAAAAGAACCAUUCAGGGUAACGACCGCAGCCACAAAACAUCAUUACUAUCUGUUAAUUCAUUAAUAACCUCAAAUGCAUGUAUGGACCGCAUGAGAGGAGGCCGACAGAAGUACAAGCACAGAGUGGAUUCAGCGCUCUCUCUCUUCACCAAAACACAUUACUCUCAUCCCAGCAAACCGAUCCGAAACAAAGUGAUCUCUCAGCUCCUCGUAUCUGAACCGGCUCCUCUGAGAGCCGCCCCUGACCCCGUGACCCCUGACAGCGACCUUAAAACGCUGCUGUCCUUAUGUGACCUCUUAAACAGGGAGCUGCUGGUUAUGAUCGGCUGGGCCAAACACAUACCAGGUUUCUCUGGCCUCUCGCUGGUGGAUCAGAUGGCGCUGCUCCAGAGCGGCUGGAUGGAGACGCUGGUGCUGAACGUGGUUUGGCGAUCUCAGGGUUCGGCUGACGAGCUUCAGUUUGCGGAGAACCUGCGACUGAACGAGAGCCAGUGUCGAGCCGCAGGACUGCAUGAUCUCUACACGGCUCUGAGACACCUGACCUCCAAAUACCAGCAGAUGGGCCUCAACCAGGAGGAGGUGCUCACUCUCAAAGCCAUGGCUCUGGCCAACUCAGACGCAGAGAACGUGGAGGGAGCAGACGCCGUUCAGCGCUUCCAGGACGCGCUCCACGAGGCCCUGCAGGACUAUGAGAGCAGCCAGCGGCCGUCCGAAGCUCACCGCGCGGGGCGCCUGCUCAUGACGCUCCCGCUGCUGCGUCAGACGGCACACAGAGCCGUGCGCUGCUUCAGCCGGCUGCACACGGACGGGCGCGUGCCCAUGCACAAACUCUUCCUGGAGAUGCUGGACGCCACGAUCUAGAGCAGGACAUUGUGGACUGAGGUGUUGUAACAGAGCAGCUCAUCCUUCACAUGGAGAUCCGGGUAAUCACGUCCAGUGUGACGCUUAACACAGCUAAACCAGUCUGGCAGACGAGAGGUUAAAGGGUUAGUUCACCCAAAAAUGAAAAUGUUGUCAUUAAUUACUCACCCUCGGGUUGU